CGUGUAUCCACAGCUCAAAGAUCCUCCCGUUCGGGCUCAAGGGCGCAAAGACAUCUCUGUUCCACCCCUCAGUGUUAGCGUGGCCCUCUACAAGUUAGGAUCACCAUUCUUUCAUUCCUUGCUCUGCAACCUAACUAAAUCGAUUGAGUCCCUGCCGAAUUUACCUCCUUUAUAUAAUUGUUUGCGACACACAUAGCCACUAUGGACGGGGUGCAGCUCCGGGAUGAGGCCGCUCAAGAUCGAGUGCGAGCCGCUGUUGAGUUUCUUGAUCCCACCGAUGCUAGAGCAAGAAGCUACCGUGCUGAUAUUGUGUUGAUGCUAAAUCGGGGGCUUCGGCGGCUAAUAGUCAGCAUCGAUGAGAUUAGAGCACACAACCGUGAAUUGGCCGAUGGUCUUCUUACAUCCCCAUUCGACUAUUCCCAAGCCUUCGACACCGCUUUGAAAGAGGUUAUCAAAGUAUUACCGAGUCGGACUGCCACUGAAAAAGCGGACGAAGUGAACUACUAUUGCGCCUAUGUGGGAGCUUUUGGAGAGUUCUCUUGUAACCCACGUACCUUGGGAUCGUCGCACCUGAACCGAAUGAUAUCCCUUGAGGGCAUUGUGACAAAAUGCUCUUUGGUGCGACCAAAGAUCAUACAAAGUGUGCAUUAUAGUGAAAGAAAAGACCGGUUCCUCUCGAGGAAAUAUAGGGAUCAAACAAUGACGGCUAGCGGCGCAACGAGCUUAAACGUCUAUCCUCAGGAAGAUGAUGAAAAGAAUCCUCUCACUACCGAAUACGGCUAUUCGACAUAUAUGGAUCAUCAAACCAUCUCCAUUCAAGAAAUGCCUGAAAGAGCACCGGCCGGUCAACUUCCUCGAAGUGUCGACGUUAUCUUAGACGACGACCUUGUGGACCGGGCCAAGCCUGGCGACAGAAUCCAGUUGGUAGGAAUAUACCGGUCUCUGGGAAAUAGAAACGCAAACGCGGGCUCGUCGACAUUCCGCACACUUGUUUUGGCAAACAACAUCAUUCAGUUAUCGUCGAAGUCUGGCGGGGGAAUCGCGCAAGCCACCAUUACCGACACUGACAUUCGCAACAUCAACAAAGUUGCCAAGAAAAAGAAUAUUUUCGAGUUAAUGUCUCAUUCUCUCGCCCCGAGUAUUUACGGCCAUGAUUAUAUUAAGAAGGCGAUCUUGCUCAUGCUUCUCGGUGGCAUGGAGAAAAACCUCGAUAACGGAACACAUUUGCGUGGUGAUAUUAACAUCAUGAUGGUUGGUGAUCCUUCCACCGCUAAAUCCCAACUUCUCCGUUUCGUCCUGAACACUGCCCCGUUAGCAAUCGCAACAACUGGACGAGGUUCAUCCGGUGUUGGUCUCACGGCUGCUGUCACGUCUGAUAAAGAAACCGGAGAGCGCAGGCUGGAAGCUGGUGCAAUGGUUCUGGGAGAUCGCGGUGUGGUUUGUAUUGAUGAAUUUGAUAAGAUGAGUGAUGUUGACCGUGUGGCUAUUCACGAAGUUAUGGAACAGCAAACAGUUACCAUCGCUAAGGCCGGUAUUCACACGAGUUUGAACGCCCGUUGCAGCGUGUUGGCUGCCGCAAAUCCCAUAUAUGGACAAUAUGAUCCACAUAAAGACCCCCACAAAAACAUUGCCUUGCCGGAUUCUCUCUUGUCCCGUUUCGAUUUGCUCUUCGUGGUGACGGAUGACAUUGAGGAUGCCAAGGACAGGAUGGUGUCCGAACACGUCCUUCGCAUGCACCGGUAUCGACAGCCCGGCACCGAAGAGGGCGCUCCGGUUAGGGAACAGCUCAACCAGACCUUGGGUGUUGGACUCGAGGAUACUCGGGACUCGAAUCAACCGACCGAUGUGUAUGAGAAGUUCAAUGCCAUGCUUCAUGCCGGUAUGGUUAACACAGGCCGGAACAAGAAGAAGGACGUCGAGAUUCUUAGCAUUCCCUUCAUCAAGAAAUACGUUCAAUACGCUAAGUCUAGAAUCAAGCCAGUGUUGACCAAAGGAGCUGCCGACCACAUUGUUUCCACCUACUCAGCACUGAGAAACGAUGAAUUGUCUGGCAACCAGCGCAGAACAUCGCCUAUCACCGCUCGUACCCUGGAGACAUUGAUUCGUCUGUCAACUGCACACGCCAAGUCGCGUCUGUCCAACAGAGUUGAAGAAAAGGAUGCAAAGGUUGCAGAGUCUCUUCUGCGUUUCGCUAUGUUCAAGGAAGUUCUCGAAGACGAGCGCCGCAAGAGGAGAAAGGUUACUUCGUUCGAUGAGGAUAGCGAGAGCGAGUCAGAAGAGGGUUCUGAUGAAGAUGACACUCCUGCGCAAACCGCCAGUGCCACACCACGGUCAAGCCGGAGAAAUGGAACACUCCGCACGCGUGCGGCUGCCAACCGUUCCACCAUUGACGAAAUGGACGCCGAUGGAGAUGACGUCUCAGAAGAUGGUGACGGUCUAUACAGCGCCAGCCCUCGUGGCCAACGGUUGCGGUCGAGCCAGACUAACCGUACCCAAACGCAAAGCCAGUCUCAGAUGUCUGUGGCAUCAUCCCAACCGGCCUCACAACUCCUCGAGUCCCAGCCAGACACUUCCCAAUCCCAGGCGGCCUCCGCCAGCACAUCGGAACCGUUACAGCCCGCCCGCCUGACGGUCUUCCGCCAGGCUCUGGGCCCGCUAAUGGGUACACGGCUGUUCACCAGCGGUGACACGGCCGACGUAGAGGAGCUCAUCGGAGCUGUGAACACGGCAGUGCGCAGUAACCGAUCCCUCGGAGAAGGUCAAGUAUUCCAACGCGCAGAAGCAAUCCAGGCCCUGAGGGCCAUGAAUGAGAGAAACGAAUUGAUGUUCCUUGAGGAUGACGAGACUGUUUACAGAAUUUAAUGGUAUAGAGUGCCUAUUGAGGUUACAGAUGUAUGAUGAUUGCGAGCAGGAAAGCGAAUUUAUGUCAGACACGUCUUGUUAACUUGUAAUGUCACUUUCACUCCCAUCGGGUCG